ACUUAGUCACUUACCAGUCAUACUCAUUGAUACCAGCUCUGUAGUUUGUGAGAGUUAGCAGAAAUGGCAUUGACCUUGCAAACUCCGCUUUAUGCAACUAUCUCUUCUUCUUCUUCUUCUGCUGCAUCAUCAUCAUCAUCAUCAACAACAAGAUCCUCCUCCUUCUCUUUCCUCCGUUCCACACCGCCACCAACUCUUAUCUUCAACUUCAACAACAAUUCCUUCCCUCGAAUUCGCGCUUCCUCCACCGACACCGUUAUAACUGAAUUAGAUGCUGUUUCCUCCUUCAGCGAGAUCGUUCCAGAUACCGUUAUUUUCGAUGAUUUCCAAAAAUUUCCUCCAACUGCUGCUACUGUCAGUUCAUCGCUUAUUUUGGGGAUUUGUGGUCUUCCGGAUACUAUUUUUAGGAAUGCUGUGGAAAUGGCUUUGGCUGAUUCUGAAUGUUAUGGAUUUGAAGAUAAUGCAAGAUUAUCUUGUUUCGCCGCCAAGGCUUUAGUGAAUAUUGGUAGUGACAUGACAAAGCUUGUCCCUGGCCGUGUUUCAACAGAAGUGGAUGCGCGCCUUGCUUAUGACACACCUGGCAUUAUCAGGAAGGUGCAUGACCUGUUGAAGUUGUACAAUGAUAGUAAUGUUCCUCAUGACCGUCUGCUAUUUAAAAUUCCUGCAACUUGGCAAGGAAUAGAGGCUGCAAGAUUGCUGGAAUCCGAGGGCAUACAGACACAUUUGACUUUCGUUUACAGCUUUGCCCAAGCUGCUGCUGCUGCUCAAGCUGGUGCUUCUGUUAUUCAAAUUUUUGUCGGUCGCGUCAGGGACUGGGCACGUAAUCAUUCUGACGACAAAGAGAUAGAAUCUGCUAAACUAAACGGAGAGGAUCCCGGGUUGGCAUUGGUCACAAAGGCUUACAAUUAUAUUCACAAAUAUGGACACAAGUCAAAAUUGAUGGCAGCAGCAGUUCGCAACAAGCAGGACCUAUUUAGUCUUCUGGGGGUUGACUACAUCAUAGCUCCAUUGAAGGUGUUGCAGUCUCUCAAAGAAUCUGUUGCUUCUCCCGAUGAGAAAUACUCUUUUGUUAGAAGGCUAUCACCUCAGUCUGCAGGCCGCUACGUGUUUAGUGAUGAAGAGCUUAUUAAAUGGGACCAAAUGAGCCUUGCAAAUGCCAUGGGGCCAGCAGCAGUGCAGCUUCUAACUUCUGGGCUAGAUGGUUAUGCUGAUCAAGCAAAGCGGGUGGAAGACUUAUUUGGGAAAAUUUGGCCACCACCAAAUGUAUAAUUUGACCUCUUUAUGUUGCUCGAUAAAUGUUUAGCUAGAUGGAAUAAACAGAACAUACAGCAGAUGAAGGGAAUCUUCUGUUUGUUUUUUCAUUUCUCCCUUGCACUGUUAAACAUUUUCACUUUCCAUCCAUGUAAAGCACCCGGCUCCUUAAAAGCAUAUUUGAUUAUAUUUACCCUCAUUAUAUUUA